AGAUGGUAAUUUAUCAAGACAAAGAAACAAGAAAAUAUAAAUACAAUGAAUAAGACAGCUAGGUAGAAGGUAAAGAACCAGUUCACUUUUUUUUUAAGGUGCUUGCUAUCUGUAUAUAUUCACACUUGCAUAUGUGUGUGUAUAAGCUUCUAUGUGAGACCAACUAAUCUAUCUCUUUCUAUUCACAUUAUCCCCUUGAGCUUUGCAGGCUUUACAGAAGAGAGCUACUUAAAUUUUGAGUGUUUUUGUAGAUACAAAUAAAUUUAUUUGCAGAUUAGAAGUUGGAAAGAAGGCCUUUUGCAAAUCUUUAACUGAGAUAUUUAAUUACUUGGGCGACCAUGAAGCACAAGGAUGGAAAACUGAUACAUGACAAAAAUCCCAGGAUUGUCCCCCUGACAGUACUGCUGGUUGUGUUAUGUGGAUUCUCCUUCUAUCUUGGUAAAAUCUAUUGUCCUGAGAAAGACAGAAUUGUGGCUAAUGACGUAGCCAAGGCAGUGCCAUCAUCGAAGGCAGUUGUUCCCGUUUCUAUGCAAGUGAAAUCUGUUUCCUUCCCCGAUUGUGGAGUUGAUUAUCAAGAUUACACUCCAUGCACAGAUCCCAAGAGAUGGAGGAAGUAUGGUGUUCAUCGUCUUACAUUUAUGGAACGCCACUGCCCUCCUCUUUUUGAGAGAAAGGAAUGUUUGGUUCCCCCACCUGAUGGUUACAAGGUUCCAAUCAAGUGGCCUACAAGCAAAAAUGAGUGUUGGUACAGGAAUGUACCAUAUGAUUGGAUUAACAAACAGAAGUCCAAUCAGCACUGGCUGCAGAAAGAAGGGGAGAAGUUUCAUUUUCCUGGUGGAGGCACUAUGUUCCCCAAUGGUGUUGGCGCAUAUGUCGAUUUGAUGCAAGAUCUAAUCCCUGGAAUGAAAGAUGGAACUAUCCGGACUGCCAUUGAUACUGGAUGUGGGGUUGCUAGCUGGGGAGGUGAUUUACUUGAUCGAGGGAUAUUAACAGUUUCACUUGCUCCAAGAGAUAACCACGAGGCUCAAGUCCAAUUUGCUUUGGAACGUGGAAUUCCUGCAAUCCUGGGAAUUAUUUCGACACAGCGACUGCCUUUCCCAUCAAACUCAUUUGAUAUGGCUCACUGCUCAAGAUGCCUUAUCCCAUGGACAGAAUUUGGUGGAAUUUACCUUCUCGAAGUUCACCGUAUACUUCGUCCAGGAGGAUUUUGGGUUCUAUCUGGGCCACCAGUGAACUACGAGAACCGUUGGAGGGGUUGGAACACUACUAUUGCAGACCAAAAAUCUGAUUAUGAUAAGUUGCAAGAAUUACUUAAAUCGAUGUGCUUUAAAUUAUUCGACAAAAAAGAUGACAUUGCUGUGUGGCAGAAGUCUUCAGACAAUAGCUGCUAUAAGAAACUUGAUAGCCCAGAUGUAUACCCGCCUAAAUGUGAUGAUGGCACUGAACCUGAUUCAGCAUGGUACACCCCACUCAGGCCUUGUGUUGUCGUUCCAAACCAGAAGAGGAAGCUAGCACUACCUUCCCUUCCCAAAUGGCCCGAAAGAUUGCACACUGCACCAGAACGUGUUGCCGAUGUUCGUGGUGGAAGUGAUGGUACUUUUAAUCAUGAUGACAGUAAAUGGAAAGUGCGAACAAAGCACUACAAGAAGUUGCUUCCGGCAAUUGGUACAGAUAAGAUAAGAAAUGUAAUGGACAUGAAUACACUUUACGGGGGAUUUGCUGCUUCUGUGAUCGAUGAUCCCUUGUGGGUAAUGAAUGUAGUCUCCUCCUAUGCUGAAAAUACUCUUCCAGUAGUCUAUGACAGGGGCCUGAUUGGAACCUACCAUGACUGGUGUGAGGCUUUCUCAACAUACCCUCGGACUUACGAUCUGCUUCAUGCUGACAGUCUCUUUACCCUCGAAAGUCACAGAUGCGAUAUGAAAUUUGUGCUACUAGAAAUGGAUAGAAUUCUUCGACCUAACGGAUAUGCAAUAAUCCGUGAGUCAGUCUACUACACAGAUGCAAUUACAACCAUGGCCAAGGGCAUGAAAUGGAGCUGUCGUCAAGAAGACAACGAGUACGGAGUAGAAAAGGAGAAGGUGUUGAUUUGCCAGAAGAAGCUGUGGUACUCUAAACAAAGCUCUCGAUAAACCAACAAACAAAAUACAAUUGAUACUGAUAAAUAUCAUGGAAGAAUGGCUGCAUCAACUAUAGAGAAGAGAAGAAAGGUGCCGUAACAUUUACAAAGAAAUAUAGUUUAUUUAUACUUUAAAAUUAAGAAAGCUUUUCCAUAUCACAUAAUGUAUUAUUUGUAAUGAUCCCCAGGUUCUUGUAGUAAUUGCUUCAUUCUUAUUUUUUCCGCAAUCUUUUGAAAAUGUGAAUUGUGUAAUGUGUUCGGAAACUUGGAACAUUACAUAUUGAUCUUGAUGUAUUUAAUGAGAUAUAUACUAAUUUCAGUGGUUUGUUUUCAUGA